UCUCUGCCUCCUCCUGCUUCUUGCCAAACUGGGAGGAACUCCGCUGGUCAAAACUUUGCAAAAGCCAAUAGGACAGCAGGGGUGGAGAGAUGCAAGUGCCAAAGAGUGUUAUAGAGCAAACGUACUGAAAAAUAGGUGCUCGUCAAACCCUGCCCUUGUCGUGCGCAAAGGAAUGGAAAGUACAAGUCAAAAUACGACUUAACUUCGUGGUGAGACAGUGUUCCGGCUGCGCGUCUUUACGCACGGAGAAGGCUGUGGGAACCUAGUUGACGAAUUCUUGUAGAAAAACUUUUUUUACCGGGCAAACAUGACAGAGGAGAACAAGUCUUUGGAGCAUCCUUUCAGUCCGGCGGACAGUGACAGCUCCACGACCCCGCACGGUUCGGACACAGAGUCUCUGGCUUCUUCUGCCGGGCAGGACACGAGAGGGACUCCUUCGGGAAUUACGCACAAGCCGGAGAGCGGCGGCAGCAGCGCGGAGGACGAGCGCUUCCCCGCAUGCAUUCGCGACGCGGUCUCGCACGUGCUGAAGGGAUACGACUGGUCGCUGGUGCCGGUGCCCAGUCAAGGGGAGAGGGGGCUCAAGGGCAAACCUCACGUGAAACGGCCCAUGAACGCGUUCAUGGUUUGGGCGCAGGCGGCGCGGAGGAAGCUGGCGGAUCAGUAUCCUCACCUGCACAACGCGGAGCUCAGUAAGACGCUGGGUAAACUGUGGCGGCUUCUCUCCGAAACGGAGAAGUGUCCUUUUAUUAAGGAAGCAGAGAGACUGAGGCUGCAGCACAAGAAAGACUACCCUGACUACAAGUACCAGCCUCGCAGACGCAAAAGCACCAAACCGGGUCUAGGUGACUGUAGAGCUGGACUGGUCCAGCAGCAUCAGGAUCAGGACUUGGUUAAGACAGAACCGGGGACGGCCAGACUGGCUGGGACAGGGGACGCACAUCAUCACUACCAUCAUGACAGGACAGGUCAGCCCCAUGGACCUCCAACACCUCCCACUACCCCUAAAACCAACUUUCACUUGGGGAGCAAACACGACGCCCAUCGGCUUGUGGAGAGCAGCGGCGGCUCUGCUCCUCCGCCAGGCCGUCAGAACAUUGACUUCAGCAACGUGGACAUCUCUGAGCUCAGCACUGACGUCAUCAGCACCAUGGAGGGAUUUGACGUCCAUGAGUUUGACCAGUACUUGCCUCCUAACAGCCACGGCUCUGCUGUUCUAACUCCACCGGAUACCAGCCAUGCACAUAACAACCCCCCGGGAGCGUUCAUCCUACCCAGUAUCCACUCUCACUCCCACAGCAUGUCUCCCAAAACGUCUCGUGGGACUUCCACUGGAGUACCAACAUCUUCUUCUAGCAGACAUGAGGCCCGUGAGGACACUAACCACAAACCUCAGAUCAAAACAGAGCAGAUGAGCCCGGGUCACUACAACAGCUCCUCCUCCACUCCUCCGCCACCACAACCAGAGUACACCUCCCUCAGCUCAGGCGCCUGCCCUUCCUCCACCACCUCCACGUCUUCCGCCAGCCAGUUUGACUACACUGACCUUCAGAGCUCCAGUCUCUACAGCGCCUUCUCUGGGUACCCUGCCAGUCUGUAUCAGUACCCCUACUUCCACUCCUCCAGAAGUCCCUACGCCGCACCGCUUAUCAACAGCCUGGCCUUGGCGCCAUCUCCGCACAGUCCUCCCUCUGGCUGGGAACCACCGAUCUACACAACACUUACUAGGCCUUGAAGACGAGGAUACAGUAAAAAUAGGUCAUAUAGACAAAAACUACACAGUGUGAACAUUUGACUUCCUGAAGAGAUAUCUCAAAAGUGUUUCGGAGGGUUGGCAUCUGUUAGCUGAAUGGGUCAUUAAAUGUUUUUUAUCACAGUUUUUCAUAGUUUUGUCUCUUGACUAACUAGAACGGUCUGGGAAAUCCCAUUAAAACCAUCACAGUAGACUGAAAUGUUCCAUUAAAGCUCCACACUAAUGAAAUUGU